AUGGCGCGCACUGUGCUGGGAGGCGGCGUGCUGCUUUGCGCGCUCAGCGUCGUGUUACAGACGCGCGCGCUUACCUUACUGCCGCACGACGUGCGUCCUGGCCAUGCCGUCAGACAUUUUGUAGGCAACCACUCAAGAUACACGCUUCUAGACCCAGAGUACGCGCCCUACUUUACUCUGCUCGAUGACGGCCUACUUAUGACUACAGCUGAUCUAACACCGCUACUCAAUCAACCUGUCAAUUUGGCCAUACUUGAGCAAACUCCUUAUAGUAGUGCAGCUCAUGCCAUUCAUCUCCUAGUUAUGGACCGACGUCAAAUGUUACAGUUUACUUCGGGCUUAUUAAUAGGAGGAAUCCCUGAAAAUGCUCCACCAGGCACUACAGUUGAUCUCCCACCUAUUAGGGCAACGGCUCUUGUCGAUGUGGGUCCAUUAGCAUAUAAAAUCAUCAAAGGAAAUGAAAAUUCUGUAUUUUCUUUAAGACAGAAAGGAAAAACAGACACGAAUACAGAAGUGAAGUCAGUUGUAACGGACGGUGAUGUAGAAAUCGUAGCUAAUAAACCAUUAGAUACUGAGACAAAAAGCUGGUAUGAGCUUGUCAUUCAAGCUACGGACCUCCAUGGCGUAAAUAAGGCCAGUCUUCCAGUUAGGGUAGACGUAGCUAACGAAAAUGACCAUGAGCCACGUUUUGAGCAAGAUGUUUACUACUUUAUUGUGAAUGGAACUACUGAUGAAAAUGGUCCAAAUGGGACUGCACACUGGCCAAGAUUUUCAAAUAUCGGUCAAGUUCAAGCUACUGAUGCCGACAAUGAUCGGGUAUACUAUUCAUUACAAACACCUAGUAAUUUGGUAGUAAUAGUACCUCAGACUGGAGAACUUAUAUUAGCAGGUGAACCUGAUACUCGUGAAGCGGAGUUGAGUGUGAUUGCUCAUGACACAGGCAUUCCACAGCUUAAAAGUCGCCCGGCAAAAGUUUUCCUUGGGUUUAUUGUUCGUGAUCAAAGAGAUUUACCAGUUCUACAUCGUGAAAAGCGUCGUGUAACAAGAGCAGUUAGGCCAACCAAGAGAAUUGAAUUCACUGAAGCAGAUGGUGAAGUAGAGGGACGUGCUGUUUUUACGUUAGAAAAAGAAACUGACCGCGAGACUUUUAAAAUUAGGGACGAAAAUCCGUGGGUUACCGUUGAACCAAGUGGUGUAGUGAAAGUUAAAAAGAAGUGGGACUAUGAGGAACUCGGACCUGAGAAGACCAUUGAUUUUUGGGUGACCAUCACAAACGCGGGAAAUGGAGGUAAGUUUUAA